GGCUGAGGAGCAAACCCAAGACUGAGCAUGUUAAGUGAGGACUCCUGGUUAUUUUUAUAGUUCGGCAGAUUUUUUUUUUCAACUAGUUAAAAAUAUGGAGCCUGAAACUGAGGGGCCGCCACCAACAAUGCAAGUAACACCUCUUCAGCAAAUGAUUGCCUCUUGUACUGGAGCUAUAUUGACAUCACUAAUGGUGACACCCCUGGAUGUUGUUAAAAUUCGACUCCAAGCCCAGAACAACCCAUUCCCCAAAGGAAAGUGUUUUCUGUACAGUAACGGACUCAUGGAUCACAUGUGUGUCUGUGAAGAUGGGAGCAAGAAAGCAUGGUACAAGAAGCCAGGAAAUUUCCAGGGAACACUGGAUGCCUUUUUAAAGAUUCUUCGAAAUGAGGGCAUUAAAUCCCUGUGGAGUGGCCUCCCUCCUACUCUAGUGAUGGCGGUUCCUGCCACAGUUAUUUAUUUUACCUGCUAUGACCAAUUAAGUGCUCUGUUGAGAGCUAAGUUAGGGGAGAAUGAAACCCGCAUCCCAAUAGUUGCUGGAAUUGUUGCCCGGUUUGGUGCAGUAACAGUGAUAAGCCCAUUAGAGUUGAUCAGAACUAAGAUGCAGUCUAAAAGGUUUUCUUACAAGGAACUACAUCGAUUUGUGAGCAUGAAGGUGUCUGAAGAUGGCUGGAUCUCCCUUUGGAAGGGCUGGGCUCCCACUAUUCUCAGAGAUGUGCCUUUCUCAGCAAUGUACUGGUAUAACUAUGAAAUUUUAAAGAAGUGGUUGUGUGAGAAAUCUGGUUUAUAUGAACCGACAUUUAUGAUCAACUUUGCUUCAGGGGCAUUGUCUGGUUCUUUUGCAGCUGUUGCGACUUUGCCAUUUGAUGUAGUGAAAACACAGAAGCAGACGCAACUCUGGACGGACAGCAGUGGUAGAGUUCCUGUGCCUUUGCAUGUGUCAACCUGGGCUAUAAUGAAGAACAUUGUUUCUGAAAAUGGAUUUUCUGGGUUGUUUACAGGUCUGAUUCCUCGAUUAAUCAAAAUUGCUCCUGCUUGUGCCAUUAUGAUCAGCACAUAUGAAUUUGGAAAGGCUUUUUUCCAGAAACAAAACAUUGAAAGGCAGUAAUUCUCUUGAUGGACUUUUGACUUAAAAUGUCAACCAAAGCCAAACGAGGUGAAGAUUGAUAGGCAAGAUGGGUUUUUUUCAACAUUAUUCUCUUACAGUGUGAAUUUAUCUGUCUUCCCUAUAAUUUAAAUGAAUAAUAAUUUCUAAUCUACCUCUAAACCAUAAUCCUAGUUUUAAUUUUAUGAGAUUUUAAAAACAUAAUCCAGAAGCUGCAGCUAUUUUGUAAUCUUGCAGAGAAAAUUACUUCUUAGGAGAGAAAGAGAUUUCUGAGUGCAUAUAGCAUUCCAUAUUUCAGCAUAAGUUAGUGCUUGAAUAUGGUGGUGCAUCAGGGCAUUUGGAUUGGGUACUGAAUAGUGCAGUCUAGAGAUUUAAGUUCAUUCUCAUGCAGUCUGAUCACACACACUUGGAUUCCGGAGAGUAGGAGGAGGUGUCAGGCGGCAUUGCUCACAUACCUCCGAUGGUAGCUGGGAACUUCUCAAUUGAAGCAUUCGGUGUUCCCUGGCUCCUGAGACUGCUUUAAGGCCUCCCGCAGUUUGGAAUUUCCCCAAUGAAAGGUGUGACCACUUUAUAUGAACCAGAGUAUAGUCAUGUACACAAUGUGGCUCUUGACAUUUUAAGACUAACAACCCUUCUCUAAUGUUUCUGUGGGGCGUAUUUUCACUGAUGUAUAAUCACGCAAAUUUGGAUCUGCAGUAGAAAACCAUGCUGUACUUAGACUAGUGGGAGAAAAUGGUUCUGAGCACAGGAAUGUGCUCUUUACCUAGCUUGUCUUCCAAGUGUCAUUGUUGUAGAGUUCUCUAGGUCAUUUCUACAUACCCUAAUCUAAAAGACCAAAAUAAACAAUCCAAAAAUUUCAAGUCUUUUCUGUGAUAUCCCCAGACGAUGCUGCUACAAGUGGGAAAUCACGGCCUUCCUUCGGUGACAGCAUACAAAAUGUGUGCACACAGAAAUAUCACACAGAUUGCCUUCUGGCUGCUUGUAUAAGUUGUACAUGAAACGUGAAUAUAUUUAUCAUCAAGUAGGAAUGAGGUUCUUAAAAAUUAGAUUUACUUGUUCUUUGUGUAUGUCUGUGUAUGUAUGAAGGUCAGAGGAAAACUUUGAUGAGUUAGUUCUUACCUUCCACCAUGUGGGUCUUGGGAUUUGAACUGAGGUCCCCAGGCUUAGCAGCAAGUGCCUUUACCCACUGAGCCAUCUUAAUGGCCCAGGAAUGAGAAUGUUAAGUAUGAUUGGAAUGUAGCUCAGGGGUAGAACACUUGCCUCUGAAAUGUGAAACUCUUGAGUUUGAUCUCCAGCUCAGAAGAUAAAUAAUUUAAAUAACUAAAUGAGAUGGCAAUGUAAGAAAUGCCAUUCUGUUUUACUUAUUCCAGUGAAGCAAAAAGCACUUUAUUACAUUCUGUGUGCGGUGUAUGAAACAGGAAGUACCCCUCCCUGCUCAACAGCGUAUUGUAUUUGGUGACAGUGAUCUCUAGUGUUGGUGGGAGGAUAAAUGUACAGUACAAAGUGUUCGUAUGUUUCAUCAGAAAUAAAUGAUACAGGGUUUAUUGUAUCAUGGAUUUUACGUUACAAUCCUGUGUUGAUUUACAUUAAAAUUUUAAUAUAUCCAUA